AUGGACUAUAGAGACUUUCUGCUUCGAGUAAUAACAGGAAUUGUCACCAUUACAGAUUCAGCUGUAAGUGAGUUUGCGGCAACAUACACACUUAAGAAGGUGGAUAUAUUGUGCUCAAAUUACUCCUCUCUUUGGGCACAAACAUACUUAACCUAUAGCCUCCCAAUAACUAUGGGUGAAAACCCCCUGGAAGAACCAAAGCUGUGUGUUAAGACAUAUGGGCCGAUUGGCAUGUUUCCAGAGUCAUCGUUGCUCUACUUUUCUGCCAGUCUGAUAUUGCUAUCCGAACUAUCUGGUACUACUAUCACUGUGCCCAUUCAGAGGGGCAAGGUCCAAGAGGAGUUCAAAUACUGGGGCACGUAUUAUCACGACGCCACCUCUUUCUUCUGCUAUAAUUGUAGCACCGUUAGUGCAAGCGAAAAAGAUUUCUGUGAGAAGCUCAUUAGCAAUUUUGCUUCACUUGAUCUUCACAUCGCUGCCCUUCAACUAUCUUCAAAAUAUGAACGCACUACUAGGUCUCUACCCACGAUCCAGUUUCAUGCUCACCAGCUUAUCGAUAAUUAUUACCAUUAUGGCCUAGACAAGUACCAGCUCUACUCUGAUACCAACUAUUACCCUAUCUUCAUAGCGGAGAACGGAUUGCACUUCGUAGUCACUGGGCUCGAAUACAUUUUUGACAAGCCGCAGGGGACCACGUACAGUGUUGUCAGUUUCAUUCUCUACUCUCUGGACGGCUAUCACCUCAAUGAUAUCCAUCUAAAGUUAUCAUAUUCAUAUGUGCAUCCCAUCACCGGCAAAUAUCUUUGGUUGUUAGUUCCUAAGGAUGUGAACUAUAAUACGCGCGAGGUAGCUAACCUUGCACUGCACAAUAAGCUUAAAGGGGAGUUGGUGGUGAAGCAUAUGAACGGCAAGGACCAAAUACAGGGUAUCGAAAUAGCUAGUUUCUCUCUCAUCCUUCCAUCUUGCUUUGAUAGAACACUGGUCAUCCUUCAUCAAUCCUCUAUUUCUAUUCUAUUGAACCUGUCCAUGACCCCAAUGGAUACGAUGAACUGCUUAAUUGCCAACUCAAACCACACUAGCUUCACAUCUGUAGAAUACAUUGACAAUAAGUCAGCUCUCUACAUUGAUGAGAAGGUCCAAAUGUAUGCUAUCCUCUAUUACUUUCCUCGCAAUUCGGAUAUAAAUAGAGACAUGCAUCUUAUAGGCGCGUUCGUCAUAUCCACUGAAGUGUCAGCGAUGGAGACAGAGGUGACCAUGGACUGUGCGGGCAACUGGAUAGGAUACAGCAAGUAUGAUUGGCCCAUGUCAUGCCUGCAUCAGCUGAACCAAGCCCGGCACCAUAUGAUGAAUGGUGACCUCAGGGCAAUUGUUCGAGUACAUAAUGAUUAUCAGUUGGUGGAUCUAUUUGUCUAUGACGAGAUCCGGUCUACCACUCAGUUUAUCUACGUCUUGAUAAUAGUCUCUGUUUGUUGUAUAUUUGUAGUUUUUAUCUACUACUGUAUCUUGUUGUGUAAGUUUUACCGCCGGCUGCUAAGAUGA